AAGUGGCAAAGAAAUUAACAACACAAAAAUGGUACUGGCCGAACGAAAUUCAGAAUUAGUACGCAAUGGCAGAAGAUCUCGUGGUCCCAGUCCAAAUGGACAUGGUGCUAGUUCGGGUAGUGCAAGUGGUACGGCAGCUCCUGGUGGUACUGGUACACCAGAAACAUCAUCAGACGAUGACAAUUCUAUCAAACGUAAUGGAAAAUCAAAAGCUAAACAAAGCGAAUAUGAAGAAAAAAUCCGUGUUGGCCGCGAUUAUCAAGCGGUGUGUCCUCCAUUAAUACCUGAACAAGAGCGUAAACCUGAAUGCCUUAAUGAUCGCGCUUUGCUGGUGUGGUCGCCCACAAAAGAAAUUCCAGACACAAAACUUGAAGAAUAUAUAUCAGUUGCCAAAGAAAAAUAUGGUUACAAUGGAGAGCAGGCAUUGGGUAUGCUAUUCUGGCAUAAACAUGAUCUUGAGCGGGCAGUUAUGGAUUUGGCAAAUUUCACACCAUUCCCCGAUGAAUGGACAGUCGAGGAUAAAGUGUUAUUUGAACAGGCAUUUCAAUUUCAUGGCAAAAGUUUUCAUCGUAUACGUCAAAUGUUACCCGAUAAAUCAAUUGCUAGCCUGGUAAAAUAUUACUAUUCCUGGAAAAAGACACGACAUCGUCAAAGUGUCAUGGAUCGCCAGGAAAAAGUAAAAGCUAGCAAAGAGGGUUCUUCAGAAAAUGGCAGCGAUAAUGGCAGUAACGAAGAAUCCGACAAUGAUGACAAGUUACGUUGUGGCUUAAAUUUAGGUGUAGUGUUUUGAAACAAAUGAACAGAUAACAUCA